AACAAACACAGAGAGAGACUGCCAUGUUGCUCAUUGUUAUUGGACUUUCACAUUUAAAAUUCUUGGUCAGCAUGAAUAUAGUUUCAUUGCUUAAUGAUUUAUUGCUGUAUAAUCGUGUGUGUAUAUAUAUAUAACUGAAUUUGCCCGCCAGUUUAACCGCUACUAACAACGCCGUCAUCCCAACUAACAUACGCCUGAUAGCAGCUUCACUGUACGCCGUCCAUCUCAAAUCCUGCUUACGUGGCCAUCCAUCGAACUUUCCCGCCGGUCCCCAGAGAGGACCUACCUAAAACUUCAUUCUUCUUCAAACACACAAAACCACACCUGCGUCUCUCCCUCUCGCGAUUGCUCCAGAAGAAACCAUGAAUCCUCUUGCUUCUUUCCUUCUUCUCUGCCUCCUAUCCUUCUCUUUCCUUCCCGUAAAUGCGUCGCCUCCCUUUUCUUCCUCCGUGAUAGGCGUCACCUUCACCUCUCCCUUCUCUCCCUCCACUCCAUCUCCGCCGCCCGAUCGCAUCGUAGCCGCUGUUUCCGCCCUCCACUUCCACCGUGUCCGCCUACCAAACUCUGAUCCUAACCUAAUCCGUUCCUUCUCUUUCACUAACACUUCUCUUUUUCUCUCCAUUCCAAACACCUUCCUCCUUCCUCUUGCCUCCAACCGUUCUCUUGCUCUCCGCUGGCUGUACGGACACGUUCUUCCUUUCUACCCUCGUUCCAUGAUCUCCAUGAUCUCCGUCGGCGACGACGCCGUUUCUUCGGAACUUGCGCCGUUCCUCCUGCCGGCAAUCAGGAACGUUCACCAGGCACUCCACGACCUUGGAAUCAAUAAGAUUUCCGUUUCCACUACAUUCUCUUUCGUUAACGCUGUCACGACGUCCUUUCCACCAUCCUCUGCAAUGUUCCAAGAACCGAUCGGGGAACUAGUUAUAAAGCCUUUGCUUCAGUUCUUGGAGGAUAGCAAUUCGUCUUUCUUGGUGAAACUUUAUCCGUACAAUAUGUAUAGGAUAAACUCUGAAAUUCCAAUAGGGUUUACGUUGUUCCAGGAGCAUCCUUUCAAUUUCAGGGAUGAUUUGAUGACCGGAGUCAGGUACAGGAAUCUCUUUGACAUGAUGGUGGAUGCCGUGAUUACGUCCAUGGCGGUGGCUGGCCACCAGAAUAUUCCGGUCAUUGUUGCUGAGACUGGGUGGCCGAGCUCUGGUGGAGAAUUUGGCGAGGUUGACGCAACUCCGGCCUAUGCGGAGACGUACCUCAAGGGUUUGGUUGCGCACUUGAGGUCUGGUAUGGGAACGCCUCUGAGGAAAGAAGGUGUUGCAGAGACUUACAUUUUUGAGUUGGCUGAUAAGGAUGUGAAGCAGGGGACUCGAAAUUGGGGUAUUCUGUAUGCAAACAUGACCAAGAAGUACAAAAUUGAGUUCUCUGGUAACGACAGAACUAAUGUUGCGGCAGUAUUUUUAGUAGCCAUGAUCUUGUUGGUGGUUGGUUUCUUGCAAUAUUAGCAAAAUUUGCUGCUGGACAAAUGAUAAAUUGGCGUUUAACCCUUCUCUGAUAACUGGGAUUCAAGUAGAAUUCCGGUUAGCGACUCUUGAUUUUGUAGCGCUAGUGACAAAAAGGUUGUAGUCUCUGAAACCUUUAGUGUUGAUAGAGCUAUGUAAAGAAUUUGAUUACCAGAUGUCUUACCUAUAGUUUUUCUUCUCUUAUAUUGUAAUGUACAUCUCCAAUUCCUGGUGAAUGAAGUUGACAUCUAUAAGGUACAUAUGCCUAGUAUAUGUGCUAUUAUUUUGUGGGUUACAUGUUUUUAGCUAUCAGAAAUGCUUUUAAGCCUUACACAGUUUGAUUGUAGUUGCAGAGUUCUGGUUUUGUUUAGGAAAGGCAGAAAUUUUGGUGAGUAGUUCAUCUAAUAAAUUUAGGGCAA